GUUCACAUUGUUUCAUUUCUCUUUGGUCUUUUGUUUCUCCAUGCUCUCGCCUCUUCAUAUUUCGUUUAUAUCACACAGUUUCUGUGUUUCCGCUGGGUCCUGUGCAUUUGCAUUGAAUUUAACUUCGCCCAGUGCUGUGUUUGUUGGUCCGAUUGUUUUUCUUUUUGUUUUUUUUUUUUUUGUUAUCAGCAUUCGGCUUUUCAUUCGAAGAAAAACUAGAACCAGUUGUUUCUAUCAAUCUUUUUCCAUAUCAUUCAACAUUUUAUCGGCAAAUGAAUGUGUGUGUCACACACCAAAAAUUUAGUCGCCGAGGGAAUCUAGAAUUUUUUUGGAAUUAGUACGUACACACUUGUUUUCAAAAUCACUUGGUUAAUUUAGUUACAUCGCAUGCGUACUGAGUGAGAUAUCGAGUGCUCUCGGCAACGAAGAAACGAAAAACAAUAACAACAAACAUUGAAUUAGAAGCAAUGCUUACGCGUUAGGAUUUGCCGUUUAACGUGUUAAGAGUCGGUGUGGAGGUCGUGAGGUCAACAUGAAUUAUACAUUAGAUGAUAGCAACGAGAUUCAGGUCGGCGGACGCAAGGGGAAAACAUGCUCCAUGACUGGAUGCAAUAACACUCAUCAACGUUUUCCCAAUAUGAGUUUCUUUCGAUUCCCAAAAGAAUUAUCAAGGGCAAAGGAAUGGCUGGUUAUUUGUGAACGGCCCGAUCUCAUGAGACGUGUCGAUAUUGGGGAUAUUACCAUCAACAACUAUUAUGUGUGUGAAAUUCAUUUUCCAAAUCAGAUUCUUGACUAUGCCACUCGAAAAAUUCUCAUCAAAACGGCCAAGCCACUGACAUUGGCCGAACUGAAGGCAUUACCCGCACAAAGUCGACACAGUAAAAAUGAUUCGGCGAAAUCAAGGCGACGACACAGCGAAGAUUAUGAUGCUCAUAUUGAAGAAGAGUACGAAGAUGACGACGAUUUUGACCUGGAGGAUAGCAAAGACGACAUAAAAUUCACCCGCACAUUUGGUGUGAAAAUUGCCAAGGCUGAAGGAAACUACCAUUCAGAUCUACUGGAACCUCUGUUGGUUCACGAUGAAAAUAGCUAUUCAGAUUCCGUUACUCGAACACCGUUUUGUUGGACGGUCGAAGCAACACGAUACCUUAUCAAAUUGCGUGGUGAACGCGAUGCUGAAUUUGACCAAAGUGGCGCACGCAAAAGUCAACUAUGGCUCGAGAUAUCGAAUAAAAUGCGAGAUGCUGGCUAUGAUUUUACACCGGAAAAAGUCUCGAAAAAAUGGCACAACAUCACAAUCACAUAUCAGAAGAAUACAGACAGAGAGCCCGGUUCGGUAAAUUGGGAAUUCUUCAAUGAUAUGCACGCAAUAUUUCGCAAUAAAAAAAUGCCCGAAGAAAAUUCAAUGGAUUACAGCGAACCAGAACCAAAACAAAAUGGCACAUCCAAACGAAAAACGGCCGAUACCUCCGUAGAGGAUAGAGAUUCACCGGAAUCCGAACAAAAUUAUCGUCCACGUGAAUCACAACGAAAGAAACGAAAACAAUUGGAAGCCGAGGACAUGGAUGUAAACAAUGACAGUUCAUUUGCACCAGCACUGAAUGUAACCACAACCAUGGAUGAAACCUGGUGGCGUGGCUAUUUUGAACAAAAGCUAGAAUUGGAACGAAAGAAAAUGGACAAAGAGGAUGAACGCCACAAGGAUCGAAUGAAUUUCCAAAAAAUGGCCAUUAUGCUGCAGGAGCGUGUGGAAAAGAUCAAAGUUGAGGCCAUGAAUAAUUUAACAAAUGCACUGCUACGUCUGCAAGACUCGGGAAAACUAUAGAUUUUAAAUUCAUUUUGCCAAAUGAUUUUAUACCAUACAAACAUAUUGUACAAUAAGAUAUUUUUCAUUCCUGUAACACACAGCAAUAGGGGUAGUAAAUGAGCGCAAGAAAAUAUUGUACAUAACAUUGGAAGAAACGAAUCCAAUAUUAGGAUAAUGAAACAUGUGAGAAAUAAAGGAAAAUGGUAAGCUACUAUCAGUAUCAA